AAUCUCGCGCCAAAAGGCGCUAACUCGUUGGGGAUUUGCCCUAGCGAAUUAUCGAAGUGAGGGUGGUAACAUUGACGACGCAAAUGGCGUCACGGCUAGUUUUGCACAAGUCGUCCUCAAAGACAGUAAAAUAUAUUAGUUGCACCGCACAAUAACGGCGCAUUAUUUCCCCCGUACCGUUUAAUCCUUCAGUGUAAAUGCUUUUGUCAAAUAUUUUGUUCUGAGGUGUGAUUUGUUUGUGGCAUAAAACAAAACGGUUCUAGAAUUUUCGAAUUCGUUCAGAAUGGGAGCUCUUGAUCUGUUAGAGGACAGAAUCACUGACCUGGAAAAACGUGUAUACGGACUCAAGAAAACAAAUGUAAUUGAUAAUACAUUUCCAGAAAUUUCUGUGAUCGAUAGCCUUCUACAUGCAAACACAUUGAUUUCAUCUGCCUUAUCAGGACGUGAAAAUGCAAACACCAUGAUAGAAAGGUUUUCAGAAUUAAAUGUUGAUAUAGUUUCAUUAGUUGACCUAUUAAAAUUAAGUACAGAAGGAGUAUGUCAGUUCUUGCUUACGGUAAUGUCUGACCUCAAAAAAAGUUGUGAUAUGUUAAGUUGCCUACAAGAGUUAAGUUCCCUGUUAGAAACUGACGAAUUACGGGACGUACCAAUAGUAUCGAAUAAACUCAACGACAUAAGUUCAGCAUAUUUGAAAUUUUAUAUGGUAAUUCAAGACCAAACCAGUCAAAUAAAUACCUUUUUUUUUAACAUUAAUGAAAUAAUAAGUAGCAUUUCUAAAUUAUUAAUUAUCUUGAAUGGUCAACUAUUGCGUGCUGAAAUUGCAGCUACACCAAAAAAGCAAAUAGAUUAGAAAUUUAUCGUGCUUAAAGCGUGUAAAACGUUAUUUUACGGUUUAUAUAGUAAAUUAUUUAAAUAUGUUAAACUUAAAAUAAAUCUAGAAUUCUUUUAAAAUACGUUUAUUUUUUAUCUUAGGUUAUAAAAAUACUUACGCAUUC